AUGGCAUGUCUCUCAAGAAUUGAUGCAAAUUUGCUCCAAUAUUAUGAAAAAGCCGAACCCAGUAAUACCGUUCAUUUAUACGUCAGUGAUAACGGUGAUAGUAACGAACUGAAAGGCGGAUAUAUACCAGCUUCUGCACCACUUCCAAAAUCCUGUGGAAGCGAAUAUUCUAAUUGUCUACUCCUAAGUAACUCUGAAUAUAUUUGUUACCAUCUUUCCUCGGGAUCAACGUUGUUGACGUUUUAUCCUUUGAGUGACGCAUAUCAUGGGAAAACGACUAAAAUACAUUUGCCAAAUGCCUCUAUGAAUCAGAGACAUACCUUAACCAUACAAGAGGUGCAACAGCAAUUGCUGGUUAACAUUAUUUUGAGUGAUGGUUCACUUUUGACGUUACGAUUACCACUUAGUUUCCUGUUUUCAUCCGAUGACACCCUCAACGGAGAGUGGUUUCAUAUCCAAAAUCCCUAUGAUUUCACAGUUAGAGUUCCUCAUUUCCUCUAUUUUGUAUCGUCCAAGUUUUCAGUUGUGUUUUUAGAAGAUGGUGGUCUGUUGGGUUUGAAGAAAAGCGAUGAUUUACAUUACGAGCCUUUACUAUUCAAUGAUAAUUCAUAUUUAAAAAGUUUAACAAGAUUCUUUUCCAGAAAUCCUAGAUCUGAUUAUGAUAGCGUAAUUAGUUGCAAAAUAUUUCACGAGAGAUACCUGAUUGUUUUGACUCAAAAUUGCCAUUUGAAAAUUUGGGAUUUAGCAACAUUUACUCUAAUACAAGAUUAUGAUAUAGUUUCACGACCAGGUUCAGAUUUGAGCCAUUUCAGGAAGGUAGAAUCUGUAGGGGAGUAUCUUUCCCUGUACAAUAAUACAUUGGUUAUACUUUUACCCUUAGAUAACGGGCUCUUUCAAAUAGGCACUUUAUUAGUUGAUUCAAAUGGUAUGUUGACUUAUACUUUCCAAAAUAAUAUUCCAACUAAUCUUUCCGCUUCUGCCAUUUGGUCGAUUGUGGAUCUGAUUCUAACGAGACCAUUGGAGUUAAAUGUCGAAGCCUGUUAUUUAAAUAUGAUUGUUUUGUGGAAGAGUGGUACUGCCAGCAAAUUACAGAUACUAAAUAUAAAAGAUGAAAGUUUCAAAAACUAUGAAUGGAUAGAAUCUGUCAAUAAAUCUUUAGUGGAUCUACAAUCCGAACAUGAUUUGGAUAUCGUUACAAAGACCGGAGAUACUGAAAGAGGAUUCUGUAAUCUUAAGUCAAGAUACGGCGCCCAGAUUUUUGAACGUGCACAACAAAUACUAAGUGAAAAUAAGAUCAUCAUGGCUCAUGACGAAGAUGAGGAAUAUUUGGCUAACCUAGAAACAAUAUUGAGAGAUGUGAAAACAGCUUUCAAUGAAGCCUCUUCUAUAACAAUUUAUGGUGAUGAAAUGAUUCUCGUUAACUGUUGCCAACCUUAUAAUCAUUCCCUUUACAAACUUAAUACUACAGUAGAAAACUGGUUUUAUAACAUGCAUUCUGAAACUGAAGGUUCCGAAUUGUUCAAAUACUUAAAGACUUUGAAUGGAUUUGCUUCUACUUUGUCAAAUGAUGUUCUUAGGUCACUUUCUAAGAAAUUCCUUGAUAUGAUAACAGGGGAGUUACCUGAUUCUAUGACCACUGCAGAAAAAUUUACAGACGUUUUCAAAAACUGUUUGGAAAACCAAUUUGAAAUCACGAAUCUAAAGAUUCUCUUUGAUGAACUAAGCUCUCUCGAUGUCAUAGUUGUUUUGAAUGAUCUAAUCAAUAACCAAAUGAAGCCCGGUAUUUUUUCAAAGAAGGAUUUCAUUUCCUCAAUCAAGUUUGAUGGUUUUACCACUAUGAUUUCGCUAGAGUCUCUUCAUCAAUUACUCUCCAUACAUUAUCGUAUUACGUUACAAGUAUUGUUAACAUUCGCUCUGUUAGAUGUUGAUAUCAAAGUUUUUGGACAACAUAUAUCCACGUUAUUGGAUUUGCAUUAUAAGCAAUCUUUAUUGCUGAACCUAUAUAGACAAGACAAGUCUCUCUUGGCCGAAAUUCUUCUCAAGAACUCUUCUGAAUACUCCUACGGCGUUAGAUUUUUUAACUACGGCCAACUUAUUGCCUAUAUCGAUUCUUUGAACUCUGAUGUCUACAACGCGCCCGCUAAUGAGAACUCAUUCUUUAUGGCAUUUUUCCAAUCGUAUGUUAUUGAAGAUUCCUUGCAUAAGAAUACAAAAACGUUUCUGGAGAACGUUGAGCGUCCGUUUUACCUACGUCACAAUGAAGUGCAAGAAUUUAUGUUUGCUAUGUCAUUAUUCAGUUGUGCUAAAUUUGAUCAAUCUUAUGAGAUAUUUCAGUUGCACGAUUAUCCGGAAGCUAUCAAUGACUUAUUGCCAACGUUUUUAGAGGAUCUUAAGAGUGAAAAUUACCACGGUGAUAGUAUAUGGAAAGAUCUUUUGCGCACUUUUGCAGUUCCAUAUAGACAUUCUGCAUUCUACUAUCAAUUAUCCAUGUUAUUUGAUAGAAACAACAGUCAGGAGUUUGCUUUGAAAUGUAUAUCUAAGUCAGCAGAAUAUUCACUGAAAGAAAUUCAAGUUGAGGAACCGCAAGACUUUAAAGAAAGGCAGCAUAUUCAUUAUUUAAAUCUUUUAAUCCAUUUCAGGAUGUUUGAAGAAGCUUUGGAUAUUUUGAGGUUGGGCCAUGAGUGUCUUUCCGAAACAAUAAGAAAGAAUUUUUUCCAGUUAUUAUUACAGAAAGAUGUGUAUUCGCAAGAUUUUUUUAGUACACUUUUACGCUUGUCCAACGCUCAUUCGAAUAAUGGCAAAUUAUAUCUUGGUACAGUAGAUAUCGAAAUAGUGGAUGGCAUCUUGUCACAAAAUUUAUGGGGUGGCAACUGGGAGGGUUUUAAAAAGCUAUACUCUUUUAGAAUGUUGAAUAAAAGUGAGAGGUCUGCUGCGGAAGUAUUGUACCAGUAUAUAUUAAUGCAUUCCAAUCCUAACGUUAUUCAGAAGAAAAGGUGUUACCUGAUGAUCAUUAAUGUUCUAUCUAGCUUUGAUAGUACAUAUGACCAGUGGAUCUUAAACGAUAGCAGAGUGGUAACUCUAACUGAUUUGAGGAAUGAAUUACGGAGUCUAUAG